UUUCUGUUCACUCUGUUCGAGACACAAAUAUAAAAGAAGAAGCUUUUUUUGCUGAAGCGGGGAUUUGCGUUCCUGGGUCUUUUCUGCUUUCAAGUUUCCCGCUUAGCUUCUGUUUACGAAUUUAUGAAUUCUCUUUCUCCUUGAGAGAGACUUUGUCUAACAAGAGUCGGAUAAAGUUAUAUUGCAUUGUAUUCUUUCUCGUUUUCCGGGAAAGUGGAAAGCAGAUGAAUACCAGAGCACGAACCAGUACAACCACCACCUCCAGCCUUCAGGCAACCAAAGCUUCUUUAAAUGAUGAAAAUAGAGGUAAAAUGGAAUCUCGAGGGAGCAGAGUAAUGGGUGCCCAGAAAACCUUGAAAAAUGGACGUCGAUCGAACAGAGAAAGGAAAAUGGCCUUGAUACAAGAUGUAGAUAAAUUGAAGAGAAAGCUCAGACACGAAGAAAAUGUUCACAGAGCCUUAGAAAGAGCAUUUACGAGACCUCUGGGAGCUCUGCCUCGUCUUCCUCCAUAUCUUCCUCCUUAUACAUUGGAGCUUCUUGCUGAAGUGGCAGUAUUGGAGGAGGAGGUGGUACGACUAGAAGAACAGGUUGUGAAUUUCAGGAAAGGUUUAUAUCAGGAAGCUGUGUACAUUUCCUCUAAGAGAAAUUUGGAAAAUUUGAAUGAUUCAAUUGAGCCAAACUCAAUCAGGAGUUCCAAACACCAACGAUCAAAAUCUUUGUCCCAAAGCGAGUUUAAUUUAACAACACCGGCUAGGCUUCAACCUCCUAUUUCCAGAAGUGCUUCCAGUAGGAAGCUAUUAUUUUCAGCUGACACUGUGGUGUCUGAUAACACCACUGGGAAGCAGUUACAUAGAAAACAAAACUCAAUCUCAUCUAUUCCAGAAGAAGGACGAGGCAAAGAGAAUUUAACGUUUAGUAACGCUGUUAUGAAGGACAAGCAGACUCCAGAAAAGAAAACAUCCAAAGCCAGCACUCCAGUGAAGAAAACUCCCGUCAAACAAGAAUCGGCAGAGAAGUUACAGCAGGAGUGGAGAUUAACAUGUCAAGAAAGAGCAAAUGAUAGAGCAUCAGAAGUUGACAUGACACCAAAUGGAAUAUCAGAAGAUAUUGUGAAGUGCUUGUGUAACAUAUUUAUAAGAAUAUGCACAUCCAAGGACAGAUUAGGAGAACUCAGUGAUCCUUACGGCAUUAAUUUCCAAUCCGAAAAGAGAGAUAUUGGUCCCUAUAAAAAUCUAUGUGAAGUUAAAGCGUCCACGGUUGAUUUCAACAGAACAACUAAUGCAUUGUUUCUGAUCCAUAGACUUGAAUUCCUACUUGGGAAGCUUGCUUCUGUGAAGUUGAAGGGUCUUACUCAUCAUCAGAAACUUGCGUUCUGGAUAAACACUUAUAAUUCCUGCAUACUGAAUGCAUAUUUACGGCAUGGCAUACCAGAGAGUCCUGAAAUGGUUGUAAUGCUAAUGCAAGAGCAGGCAACAUUAGUAGUGGGAGGCCAGUUGCUCAAUGCAAUUACAAUAGAGCAUUUCAUUUUGAGACUACCUUAUCACCUGAAGUUUUCAUGCCCGAAAUCAACAAAAAACGAUGAGAUUAUCGGUAGAAGCACAUGUGGACUGGAAUGGUCCGAGCCCUUGGUUACAUUUGCACUCUCGUGUGGAAGCUGGUCUUCACCUGCAGUGAGGGUGUACACAGCAUCCCAAGUUGAAAAUGAGUUAGAAGCAGCAAAGAGAGAUUAUUUACAGGCAGCAGUUGGCAUCACAAACACGAACAAGGUCAUAAUCCCAAAGUUGCUGGACUGGUAUUUACUGGACUUCGCAAAGGACUUAGAAUCUUUAUUGGACUGGGUUUGCCUGCAACUUCCUCAUGACCUCAGAAAUGAAGCAAUAAAGUGCCUUCAGAGAAGUGGAAGAGAGCCUCCUGUCUCUCAGCUGGUACAAGUAGUACCCUACGAGUUCAGUUUCAGGUUGCUCUUGCACCAUUCAUGAGAGUUUUAGAUUUCUUAGACUUUGAUAUGGUCGGUUUGUAUAUUUCAUAGUUUUACCUUGAUAUUUUUCUUUUUUUGGGUUUUUUUCAACAAAGAAAGUACAUAAACAGAAGCCAGUGUAAAUGUUCGUUGUAAUUGAGUCGCUAGCAAUUGGCAAUACAACAGUGUUUAGAGGUGACAAGUUGGGAGAACCAAUUUGGCAUACUAGGAUAAAUUUAACUCCUUUAAUCAUUUA